AUGUCCAGGAAUCAUGAAUAUUUUGAACAAAACCCUGAGACUUGGAGUAUUAUUGAUUUCUUAAAUGAGUGUGAAGUAGAACUGUAUGAUGCAAAGAUAAAUAAGUACACAAAAAGUCUCAAAGCUAUCGCUAAUGACAAGCAAGAAGAGAGGAUUAAAAAAGCGCAAUUACUUCUCGAUAGUUUUAUGCUGGCAAAUAAAGAUUCUUUUAAAUCAGGAACAGUUAAAAAUAUAAAUAAUGAAGUAAAUCUUAUGUCAAGAAGAGAUCAAAAUGAGAAUAAAGAGUCGGUUGGUUCAGCUGUAUCUAAGAAGGCCAAAACUAUGAAAGAUACGCCAUUAUCAUCACAAGGAGUACCAAAUCCAUCAUCAUCAAGUUUGUUAUACGAACAGGUCAAAACUACUAACACGAAUGCGAAUGAUGAUGACAGUGAUUUCAUUAGUAGUAAUAAGAGCUCAAUUUCAAGAUCACAUUGGAAAGAUACAUCAUCAUCAAGUUUACAAUCUUUAGAAAGUACGGGUUCUAACAGAGGAGAUACGAAAAUGAUGGAUGAAGUUAAUAAUCCUGAGUAUAACAGACAACAUACUCCACCUCAUCAAAUUUACUCUACAUCGGAGAAUCAAAAUUUACUUACACGAUUAAGAAAUGAGAAACAGCGAGUAAAAUUCACAAUCGAUACUCGCAAUGACUUACAGAAUAAACUUUUACUUCUAUUCAUCCCAUCUGGUGAAACUUAUUCCUUUAGUAAAUAUUAUAAGAUGCAUUGGAUACAAUGGUUUGCUAACAAAUUAUCAUUAUUUUUUGAAGCUCCUCAGAAUCCACUUCUAGAUAAGAAUUCUGAAGG